AUAUUUACAUAUGUAUGUACCGGAUUCAUAGGGUGUCAGGAGGUGAAGGCGGGAGGAAGCGUAGCGGGCCUGCAAACGGCAUUUAUUUUCAUUUUCAUUUUUUAAAGAAGGGGACGCGUCUCAGGCCCGGGAGGAGCAGGGGCCGGAGCCGCCAUGCCGCGGGAGAUCAUCACUCUGCAGCUGGGGCAAUGCGGCAACCAAAUUGGCUUUGAAUUCUGGAAGCAGCUCUGCGCAGAGCAUGGCAUCAGCCCCGAGGGCAUUGUGGAGGAGUUUGCCACCGAGGGCACUGACCGAAAAGAUGUCUUCUUCUACCAGGCAGACGAUGAACACUACAUCCCGCGUGCUGUCCUCUUAGACCUAGAGCCACGAGUGAUCCAUUCCAUCCUGAACUCUCCAUAUGCCAACCUGUACAACCCAGAAAACAUAUACCUGUCUGAGCAUGGCGGCGGGGCUGGGAAUAACUGGGCCAGUGGCUUUUCACAGGGAGAAAAGAUCCAUGAAGAUAUAUUUGACAUUAUAGACAGAGAAGCUGACGGCAGUGACAGCUUAGAGGGUUUUGUCCUGUGCCAUUCCAUCGCCGGUGGGACAGGCUCCGGUCUGGGCUCUUAUCUCCUGGAGAGAUUAAAUGACAGGUACCCCAAGAAGCUGGUGCAAACAUACUCCGUCUUUCCCAACCAGGAUGAGAUGAGCGAUGUGGUUGUGCAGCCGUACAACUCUCUCCUGACCCUCAAGCGCCUGACACAGAAUGCCGACUGUGUGGUGGUUCUAGACAACACAGCCCUGAACCGCAUUGCGACUGACAGACUGCAUAUCCAGAAUCCCACCUUUUCUCAAAUUAACCAGCUGGUCUCCACCAUCAUGUCUGCCAGCACCACCACGUUGCGCUACCCGGGUUACAUGAACAAUGACUUGAUCGGGCUGAUCGCCUCCCUGAUUCCCACGCCCAGAUUGCACUUCCUGAUCACGGGCUACACCCCUCUCACCACAGACCAGGCUGUGGCCAGCGUCCGCAAAACCACCGUCCUUGACGUGAUGCGGCGGCUGCUGCAGCCCAAGAACGUCAUGGUGUCCAUGGGGCGUGACCGGCAGACGAACCAUUGCUAUAUCGCCAUCCUUAACAUCAUCCAGGGGGAAGUGGACCCCACCCAGGUCCACAAGAGCCUGCAACGGAUCCGAGAGAGGAAGCUGGCCAAUUUCAUUCCCUGGGGCCCAGCCAGCAUCCAAGUGGCACUUUCUAGGAAGUCUCCAUACUUGCCGUCAGCACACCGGGUCAGCGGUCUGAUGAUGGCCAACCAUACCAACAUUUCGUCGCUCUUUGAACGCACCUGCCAGCAGUACGACAAGCUGCGCAAACGCGAAGCCUUCCUGGAGCAGUUCCGCAAGGAGGACAUCUUCAAGGAGAACUUUGACGAGCUUGACGACUCCCGGAAGGUUGUCCAGGAGCUGAUAGACGAAUACCAUGCCGCCACUCGGCCCGACUACAUCUCCUGGGGCACACAAGAGCAGUGAGGCAUGGCAUCCCUCCGGAAGUGACAAAAGAUGCCGUCCUUCACCUUCAGUGACCCAGGGCUGGGGCUGUGAGGGUACCUGCAGGUCCCAAACAGGGGAAGGGGUUCCUUGUCUUGUUUUCUCCAUCACUUGUUGAGCUGCAGCCUAAUGCUCCCAUUCCUGUGCCUGACUCUGCCCCCUGUUGCCUUAAAGAACCAGGCUUUCUCUUUGACAUUUCUGCCUAGAGCGAGUCUGGUUAGCAGCAUUAGGAGAGCUCCUUUUCUUGUUUGUUCCUUUCCGUGUCCCUAAGAAGCUUUUUUCCUCUGCUAAGCGGUUUUCAUGUCGCACGUGUGUUUUAUUGAAACGUAUUCGAUUGCAGGCGGAGGUAAGCACCAAAGCGGAUAAAGAGAUGCAACGUUUUGAAGUUAAUUAGGCACCUGUGUUUCUGUGUAUGAUCUUAAGUUAUUUGUGUUACUGUCCCACAGCAACUGUGCCGUAAUUACACAUAAAAACAGGACAUGGGCGAGGAGAUACCAGACUAACAGGCGAGGCAGAAUAAGUGACUGUGGAGGGCAGAACCUUCUUUCAUAGCAUCCGGCUACCUUUUUUUUAACAGGGAGGUUCAUGCUGAUAAAGGGACAGGACUAUGGAGACCAGUAGUAGGGAUGGAACAGACAUAAUCCUUGCUCCUAAAGCUGCUGGACAAAAGAACCCUUUAUUCCCUUUUCUUUUGGGUAGCAAUGGCAUUUGUUUUCUUUUGUUUCAAACAACACAAGAGGUUCCCCCUAUUUCCUACCAUGAAUUCUCCUAAAAGCUCUCACACCUUGAGAAAACUGCAUUAGCGUGGCUCAACCUGUUUGCCUGCCCUGCCGCAAAAUGAGGCUACAGGUUGCCUCCCUCUGCUCUGCACAGCCCAACCGCUGCAGGAGAAACAGGAGCCUACAAAUGGGUUUGUCAUGAUGGGCAAGAAUUGGUGCUGGGUGAUCAGAACCGAGGAGUGCCUCGUACUUUGCCCUCUUUAAAUAAAAACUAUAAACUGCCA